CUGCAUGCAUCUCCUUGCUGGGGCGAGCUGGGAGAAGACUUGGAAGCUGAGCUGCCCAAAAUCCCGGACAUUUGAUCAUUUUUUUUUUUUUUUUAAAUGCCCAGGCAUUUUUGUGGGAGGCAUUCUGGGAGCAUGCCAGAGAGGAGGUGUCCCCGAAAACCUGGGCCGGUGGCCCCUGCCCUCCUUCCCCCCAGCCCUGUGCGGCCCCCCCAUUGCAGCCAUACUUGUGUCCCCCCAGGCUGCCAUGGUCCACGCCUUCCUGCUGCACACGCUGAGCCCGCGGCCGGGGGACGCGGCAGGGCCCGGCCGCCUGCUGUACUCCAGGGUCUUCGGGUCGGAGCGGCCGGACGCGGCGCCGGAGCCUCCUGGUCUGCAGGAGCUGGAGAGGGAGCGGCUGGGCCAGAAGGAGCGGAUGCUGGUUGUCGCCAGGUGGACACAAUGUGCAAGCUGCAGCAGCAGGUCUCGGGGCGUCCCGCAGCUGACGUCAUCCUCCAGCUGCCCGACGAGCCCGUGUCCUUGCAAGAUGCCCCAGCCGGGCUAUUUCGUCUGCCUGCCGGGGACCCCUUUGGAGACAGAAAAACGGUGCUGUGGCUGGGGGUGCUGUCCCUGGGCUUCGUCCUGGUGUGCGACCCGCACGAGAACUUGAUGCUGGCCGAGAGCACCCUGCGGCUGCUGGCACGGUACCUCCUGGACCACCUCCGGCUUCUGGGGCCAGGCAAUGACAUCGUCCUCAAGGCCGACAAGACCGAGGUCAUCCUGAACAAGGUCCUGCCCCACGGCCAGCUGCUGUUCCUCAACGACCAGUUCGUGCAGGCGCUGGAGAGGGAGCUGAGCGCCACCCUGCCCAAAUAGGGGGCUCUGACUGCAGUGGGGUGGGAAGACCGUGGGACAGCUGCUUGUCAUGUGGUCAUGGCAGAAACCCCCCCCGUCACUUGCUCCAGUUAGACAGGAGCUAGGGCUGGGGUCUGCAGUGCAGCCAGCUUCCCUUUCUCCUGGCUGGUGUGAGAUGAGGAGCCAGCCUGCCUGUCUCCUGCAGGGGCCUGGGGAAGCCAGGGGGAAAAUAAAAGCAAGGCCAGGAAGGAGGUCAGAGCUGCCAAGGAGCAACCAGCAGCAAAGCACAGGGAGUAGACACUGCUUCGAGCAUCUCUGCCCCGGGGGGUGCUCAGAUAAAGGCCUUGGGGCUUAGGGAGCAUCACUGCCAUCCCCUUCCUGCACGGAUGGGUGGGCAGGGCAAGGACGGGCCUCUCCUGUGAGCAGCCAGUGCCGACACGGCCUUUGCACUGCAUUGGCACCUGACUAGACCGAUUAAAGCAGCCCGUGGACUGCACUGCUUGUGAAUGGUGCUCCCGGUGUGCUGUGGGGCAGGACGGGGCACAUCGGGAGUAAGAUCCUGGUGGGAACGGGCCCCUCCCGGGCUGACUUGGCGUGUGGUUCAGUUCCCUGCCUGCUGGGCCCUGCAGUACUUGCACCACACAGCUGCACGUGGCGGUGCCUGCACUGAGUGUGGGCAUUCAGGGCCUGGGUGGUGCCAGGGGCAGCCUGGGAGGCUGGACCCUCAGCUGCUGCUGGGCCCGGACUCCUUGGUGCCAGGACUCCGGGUGUUUGUGCUGCAGCUCUCAUGAAAUGCCGCUGUCCCUGGUCUGGGUUUCCAGCUGUGCUGCAGUGAUGUGGCCCAGCUGACCCCUCACCACUUGGGCUCCUUCCUGGACCUUUUACAGACCUGGGAGUGCAUCUGGGGGGCCUCUAUGCUGGGCUCGGCACAGACCCAAAGGGCAGUUCCUGCCCUCAAUAGCUUGGUUGGAGCAGAAGUAGAGCGUUAUGCAGAGAGGAACAUGCCCAGACAUGGUGCCUGAUCACUUGGCAUUUCUCCCCCUUUAAGAAAGCAGAGGUAAAGAGGUGUGUGUGGUCCUCUCAGCCCCCCACCGCAGGGCGGGGACAGGCUGGGGCUGUAGCAGCACCUCUGGCUCUGGGUCGGGGCAUUGGGAGCCGGGGCUGGGUCCUGGGCACAGCAUCUUUUGGGCCUUUCAGGCUACCACAUCCCAGCCAGCUCAGGGCCUCGGGUCCCACACACAAUUUAUGGUCCUUAACACUAGAGCUGUGUUUGCCUUCAUACGAUGUGUAGUGUCCACAAAAGCAUUGGCAACAACACCAAUAAUUGCAGAAGCACAGAGCAGUUGGGCUGAAGGGCAGUGCCCUGAGCUGCACCAGCCCCCAUAGGAAAUCCCCCCCGCUGGUGGCACCAAAGGCGUCUCUCGGACCUCGUGGAGGUGGUGUUCACACCAGACCCUUUAUCUGGCAGAUCUCCCUGCUCAGACACCCAUGGGUGCUUGUACACAAUAUUGGCUUUUUCUGGCUAAAGUUAAUCUCAAGGUUUAUUUCAGUCUUGCAAUGUACCACAAUGAUUCCCCUUCCUAUUUUGCACAAAACACCUUUAACUCAACUGGUUAAUGUGCUCCUACUAGUAAAAAAUGCUGGAGGGCACCUGGUGGACAAAUGUCAGAACAGGGGGAAAUGGCCAUUUUAGCUGCGUGCAAGAAUACAUGUCACAAAAGUCACACGAUAAAAUUAAACCUGGUGGAACAAUUGGCCACGGUAAAAAUAAAACGUGUCGGAGGUGGUCUAACUUGCUACGAUAAAUGGAAACCUACCAUGAUAAAAAAAAAUAAUUAACGUGUAUUUUCAUAUACAACUAACCUAGCAAAAUGGCGAUGAGAAUGGGCUGAGAAUGUGAAGGUGGAAGGUUUUUAAGGCCUUGGAGGUUUUCAAGUCCUGGCUAGACCAAGCCUUGGCUGGGAUGAUGUAGUUGGGGCUGGUCCUGCGUGGAGCAGGGGGUUGGACUAGAUGUGACCCCCUGAGGUCCCUUCAACCCUCAUUGUCUGUGAAUUGGGGAAGAGUGACCAUGAAAUGAGGGAACUUGAGAUCCAGAGGAGAAGAAGGAAGGAGAGCAGCAGAAUAAAGGCCACUGGAUUGAGAAAAGCAAAUCUCAACUAGCUCAGGGAGCAGGAUGCUCUGGGAGGCAAUUCUGAGGGGAUAAGGCAUCCAGGAGAGCUGGCUGUGCUUCAAGGAGGCCAUCUGAACAACCAAAGAGCAGGCCACCCGGAUGCAAAGGAAGUACAGGGAGUACAACAGAAGACUGGCCUGACUUUGAGGCAUUGAACAUCAAAAAAGAACUGGAGGGAAAGGGGAAACUUGCCUGUUUUGCUGGAAAAGAGUAUGAACAUGUGGCACGGGCUUGCAGAGGGAAAAUCCUACGGACCCACUGAACCCACGGAGCAAUGUCAUUACAGAUGAUGCGAAGGCAGGAGUAUUUAAUGCCUUGCUUACUUCAGUCUCACAAAUAAAACCAGCUACUGGAUAGAUUGCAAAAGCAGUUGGCAGCAAGGAGAGCGAAGAUGAGCACCAUAGGGUAGUGGAAGAACAGGGCAGCGGGAUGCCAGCAAGGCUGGACGAGAUGCAUCCUACUUAGGGGAUUAGCAGGGAGAAUUUCACAGCCGUUGGCUAUUCUCUUUGAGAAGUUUGCGGAGGUUGGGUGAGGUCGUCGCUGACUGGGAAAGGGCAAACCUAGGCAAACCCAUCUUUAAGAAAGGCAAGAAGGAGUUUCCAGGGCAUUGCAGACCACUCAGCCUGACCCCCUUACCGGGAAAGAUCACAGAGCAGGUCCCCAAGGAAUCUAUUUUGAAGCACCUGGGGGCAAACAAGAUGUUUAGAAACAGUCAAGGUGGAUUCAGCAAAAGCAAGACAUGCCUGGCCAGCCUGAUUUCCUUCCAUGACAAGGUAAUGGGAUCUGUGGACAUGGAGAAAACAGUGGAUAUGAUAUGCCUUGAUUUUCACAAGGCUUUUGACACAGCCUCCUGUUAUUUUAUCAGUCAACUAAGGAAAUACAGCCUAGUUGAAAGUCCUAUAAGGUGGAUACAUGAGUGGUUGGAUCGCUGUUCUCAAGGAGGAGUCACCAAUGGUCCUGUGUCUAUUUGGUCAGACAUAUGGAGAGGGGUCUUGUCCUGACUCCACUACUAUUUACUGUCUUUAUUAACGAUCUGGAGGAUGGGAUUGAGGGAACGCUCCCAUUUGCAGGUGACACUCAAGUUGGGCGGUGCAGACGCUGGAGGAGGGCAGUUAAGAUUCAAAAUGACGAGUUCCAAAAUGAAUUAAAUGGAUUUAAUUUGAAUUGAAAAAAGCACUUAGAGGCUGUGUCUACAUGAGAUGCUUAAUGCACAAUAGCCUAAUAACACUGCGCAGUGGUGCAUUACUGCGCGGACAGUAAUAAUAUGCUGCCGUACAGGAUUAUUAGGUGACUGUGCAGCAGCAGCACCAAAAAGGUGUUCACCAGGGCUACUGGGCAGUAACUGUCUGCAUGCUUACUUAGUUCCUCAUUAAAUAAAUACUAAAUUAAACACAUAGUAACUGCUGCACAUUAAUGAACUUGUAGACGUGGCCAGUGUGUAUGGAAUUAAGAGGUCCAGGGGGCAAAACUGGCUGACCGUUAGGGAAGGCAUUUAUAGCAAGCUGGGGACACAGGAGUCAACUGAGCUGAGUCCAGCAGGUCCCCGGGACCGGUUCUUGGCCCACCACUGUUCGAUAUGUCAAUCAAGAGUUGAGGGGAUAUAACCCCAGGUCCUUUCAGAUCAUCGCUUCCCUUGCAGGGCGCUUGUCAGAGCAGGCCUGUUUGGUCAUCUGAACUGAGCAGCACUUCAUCAAUUCGCUCGCGGUGCCUACACAGUUGCACAGAGAGAGAAUGUGUGUGUGAUCAAGCAUCGGUGUCACCAACGGUGUCAGUGUGUCCUGAACAGAAAACAGGCAGGCUGCGUUGUGAGGCCGCCCUGGGCAGAGCAGGGCAAGCGCCCGGCAGCUGUGCUGGGAUCGGCCCCUGCUAUAUCGUUACGAUCGCUCCCAGCCACCGCGAGGCAGCCGUCCUCUGGUACCUCCAACACGCUUCUGCAGCAGCCCUUGAGGAUGCUCUUGUCUUACAGCAGUGCCAGGGAUGCAGGUCCUGCUAGAUAAGCGGUUUAGUAAGAACAGGACUAUCGCAGACCUGCUCGAGAGCAAGUGCUACAGAUGCUGGCUAAGUCUCUCAGGCCAGGCCACCUGGAUCCCUGAAGCAGAAGCAUGCCUGGAGCAUUAUGCAGCUCCGAUGGAGAGGAGCUCUGCAAUGCCUGGAGUAUUGUGCAGCUCCCUGGGUCUGUGCAGGGCUCAACGCCUCACUUCUCUCUGCUAAAGGAGACCUAAAACCUCCCACUUCCUGCCCCCCGCACGCCCGGCUCCGCUUCAGUGCUGGGGCUGGGGCUGGGGCUGGACCCGUGACACCAGCCACUGCCGCAAGCCACAGCUAAGAAUACAUCUGCCGGGCCAGCCACAAGCUAGAGCCCGGUUUAUUCAGGCCCGCAAAGCCCUGGGAAAGCAGCAGCUGGAUCCCCUCGGAGCGAAUCGCCCACCCCAGAGACAGGCUGUGAUCUGCGCGCCCCGGGACGGGGUGCCGGAUGGAUGCUGCAGGGAGCGGGGCGCCCCGCCCAGGGAGCUGCCCUCUGUGCUCAGCGUGGGUCCGAGGGGCCGAGUUUGCUUGGGUGGGAUCUGGUAGCGGCUGCUUUCGAGGUGCGGCUGCUGGGGUUGGGCUGGCCAAAGGUGACGCAGGAAACAGCUCGGAUACGAGUUGGGUGGCGAAAGCCCAGAGGUUUAUUGUGGUCGGCAGCACACCAGGUGCUCCGAGUAGCAACCAGUGCAAUGCAGCCAGGUUUGUCCUCGACAGGUUGAGACACCAGACGUUAUUCCUGCUCCCCUAGGUCCCUACCAGGGACCCCUGUAUUUACACUUCCCUGCCCCGCCGUCUCGAGCCCCUUCUUAUCUCUCUCGGGAGAUGUUCCUCGUCCAUCUGCUCACCAAGCUCGCGCCCCUGCUCUCUCAUUAGUCAGUGCUCGCUUCCACUUGUCGCCGCUGCUUUCAAACUCCUCUCGCUGUCUUUAUGCUCAUGAUCGUGGUCUUGUUUUUCUCCCUUUCUUACUGGGUUUUCCAGUGAUCAGGGGCCCCUUACUUCCAUACGGUUUCUCAGCACUGUGAUUUAGUCCGGCCUGGCGUGCCUGCGGCCUGGCCCAGCCAGAGGUCCUGCACCCACCCAGGAAUCAUUGGAGGAAAGUCAGCAACCUGGAAGAUGGGAUGCCGCGCACCCUCAGCAAGUCUGCACGUGACCCCCAGCUGGGGGAGCAGUGGAUAUGCUGGAGGGUUGGGCGAGGAUCCAGAGUGACCUCAA